UCCAUUUCAUCCCAUCAGAGAAGAGUAUCUACAGGACGCAUCUCGCUCACACCAAUCACGACAAUGGGAAGGAAUCGGACAAAACCAAAGUUAGGUUGUCAGACAAACCUCCCAUCAAUUCUACGGCGAGUCACGAGAGUUCGAACUUUGUCAUUGUGACGCGGGACUUCCAGAGCACGAGGAAGCGCUCUGCAGUUUCAAAAAAUAACCGACGCUGUUCGCGCAUCACCCGAAACGUUUGGCCGCUCGGAAGAUUUCUGGUUUAUUUUUUGUAGUGACACAUUUUACUAUGAUACACGGGGUCCUCUUCAAGCAGAUAGAGGAAGAGUCAGCUAGCGAGCUGGCUAACUAAACUAUCCGAAGGGGAAGUGGCAGCAGUCAUCGUUUAGCCAGAGUUUCGCUAGCGUAGCUUCCGCCUAACACACCCACUUUCUGCCUGUUUGUUGUUCACGUUGGUUUCAAAUAACCUGGACUUCAACCGACUUCGGCUUUUCGCCGAACACAAAAGCAUGCUUUGGCUAAACAGAGCGUUUCGCCAUUGUUAGCCAGCUAGCGAGGCGAAUGGUCUCUCCAGCGCCCGUACAGGCUCGCUAGCCAGCCGAAACGAGUCGGCCUGAAAAUAUAGCGGCGUGAACGGUCUCAUUCGUGCGAUUACCACGCAUUAACGACAAAACGCUGCCCUGACGGUUUACUUCUAUGCAGUUGCUUCAUCGGGCUUUGGGGGAAAUAAGGAAGCAUUCAGCUACGCCUUUCUGCGUCCCUCGAGCACUGAAGUGCCUGGCGCAUCUCGGGAGAGCAGCUCUCAGCAUGCUGGACAAAAGAGCGGAGAUGAGCAGGUUGGGUUUUUGAGCGUCUUAAGCUUGUUUGGAACUGUCCGUUUGGGGAAGGCGGGAACACAAGAGGCAAGAAUGAAGAAGUUUUCGCGUAUGCCGAAGUCAGAGAGCGGAAGUCUCGGGGGUGGGUCUGGAUCUGGAUCUGGUACUGGAAGCAGCAACUAUAUCGGGAAGGUGUUUGCUGUCGGUCGAUACCAAGUGACGGUGGAAGAACUGAUCGCUGAAGGAGGUUUCUCCAUGGUGUUUCUGGCCCGCACACACAGUGGAGUACGAUGUGCCCUGAAAAGGAUGUAUGUGAACAAUGUCCACGAUCUGAACAUCUUCAAGCGGGAGAUCACAAUCAUGAAAGAGUUGUCAGGCCACAAGAACAUUGUGCGGUAUCUGGACUCAACCACCAAUGCAGUUGGAGACAGUGUAUGGGAGGUUCUGAUUCUGAUGGAGUAUUGCAAGGCUGGUCAGGUGGUGAAGCAGAUGAAUCAACGGCUGCAUAUAGGAUUCACAGAAGCGGAGGUGCUCAACAUAUUCUGUGACGCAUGUGAAGCUGUUGCCAGACUCCAUCAGUGUAAAACUCCAAUCAUUCACAGAGACCUAAAGGUAGAAAACAUCCUCCUAAAUGACCAGGGAAACUACGUCUUGUGUGACUUUGGAAGUGCCACACAUAAAGUUCUGCUUCCACAUAAAGAUGGAAUAGCAGUGGUGGAGGAUGAGAUCAAGAAGUAAGAAUUUCUACAGAACAGUGUGGAGUUCUGUAAUACAGUGGGAAUUUUGUAUUUUUUUGUAGAAUUUUUGUGUGCACUUGGAUGCUUGUUGUACAAGCUGUGUUUCUUCACACUUCCAUUUGGGGAGAGUCAAGUUGCCAUAUGUGACGGAACCUUUGCUGUUCCGGACAGUUCAAAAUUCUCCUCCAGGUUGCACUGUUUAGUCAGAUACAUGUUGGAGCCUGAUCAAGAAAAGAGACCUGACAUCUAUCAAGUUUCUUACUUUGCCUUUCGGUUAGCUGGAAAGGAGUGUCCAGUGCCAAAUCUCUGUAACUCUCCCCUUCCCACCUCAUUGCCAGAGCCCCUUACUGCUAGUGAUAUUGCUGCUAAAAAGAGCCUGACAAAAGCCAGAAUAACAGAUUCAAUUGGACCAACAGAAACAUCAAUCGCACCCAGGCAAAGACCCAAAGCUGCAAAUAGUAAUGUUUUACCUUUGUCCAGCUCUGUAACUCCGGUGAAAAUGACUGGAUCCUCAGGUACGGAUAGCAACGGCCAGAAAGCUUCUGGAAACGGGCAGCAGUCAGCUGCACAGAUGCCAAGCAGCAGUCAACAGAACAGGGUGUUACAGCAGCUGCAGCCUGGAGACCUUCGACUGCAACAGCUACAUCAUCAUCAACAACAACAACAGCAGCAGCAGCACAAUAUACACCAUCAACAGCAAGUCACUGCACAGCAGCUACAGUACCUGCAACAGUAUCAUCAGGCCAUGCAACAGAGCCUUCAGAUGCAGCAACAGCAUAUGCUUCAGCAGCAGAUGAUGAUGCAGCAGCCCAUAUAUCAAUCCCAGCAGCAACAGCAGGCUCACUACACUGCCUUGAUGCAUCAGUACCAGCAGGCCUUUGUUCAGCAGCAGCAGCAGCAAUGUGCUCCAGUCCAACAGGUGCCCUAUAUCUCCCCACUGGAGUUCCAGACCCCACUGGGCUCCUAUAACCCUGCCGGACCUUCUCCAGUAGACACCCCCUUUGCUAACAUCAGAAACCCAGUGUCCACUGUGGAUGUUAUCAGCCCUCCUCCCCAGACUGUCAAUAACCCUCCUGAUAUGUCUGGUUGGAACCCAUUUGGAGAAGACAAUUUCUCCAAACUCACAGAAGAGGAGCUUCUCGAUCGAGAGUUCGACCUUCUAAGAGCAAAAAAGCCGGUAGAGCGAUCUCGCAGCAUGGAGGCCAGCAGCAUAGACAGACAGCAGCCGGUACUGCAGCUCUCACUCCCUGAGGAUCCAUUUGGCUCUGUGCCGUUCCUGGCCAACGCAGCAGGAGCUGGUGUGCUGACAGCAGAGCAUCCAGUUGAGAAGCUCAGUGUUGCGGUGACUGUUCCAGCCAUGCAAGACACAAACCUGCAAUCAGUCAAAGAACACAAACCUGCAAAGAAAAGUAGCUCCACUAGUUCACUGCCUCAGAAAGCAGGCGAGGAAUCAGACAGUGAUUUUGAGUCGGACCCACCCUCUCCCAAAAGCAGUGAAGACGAAGAGGCCGAAGAGGAGGAAGGUCUCAACAGCGAACGUGAAGACACCGAACCUGAGAACCUGGGUCAGAGGCCGUUACUCAUGGACUCUGAGGAAGAGGAGGACAAACACAGCUCAGACUCAGAUUGUGACUCUAGGAAAGCAAAACUUGGGUUGUCGAAGGAAAAGGCUGCGCUUUUUCCUCCUAGAACAGUGAAAGCUGAAUCUGGACCCAGUGUGAUCACUCCUCCCAAUUCGCCAAGUGUAGCCAUGCCUGUCGCGAGCAUUGUGGAUGUGUUUGGUGCUGUUCCUUUCGUUGGCAGUGGUCAGCCCAGAGUGUCACCAGAGAGCUCAGAUAUUUUUGCCCAAGCCCCUUUUAGGCAGGCUAGCCAGGAGAACGCUGCGGAAGAGACUGACAUAUUCAUCAAAGCUCCUUUCAACAGAAACCUCUCCAGGUCCAGCAGGAGUGGUGAUGGACCCAGCGGCCAGACGCCACCCGUUUCUCCUGACAGCGUGGAUGUAUUCGGAUUCUCGCCUUUCCAACCUAGCCACGUAAUGAACAGGGAUUCUAGGAAUCAGGAGGACAUCUUUGGCCAAGCACCUUCCGACGAAGCAGACAGUCCCCAGCAACAGAGGCAGAAGCAGCGCAGUCUUCAGAAACUCUCCUCGCGGCAAAGGCGCACCAAGCAAGAGGCGAGUGGCGGGAAUGGGAAGCGACACCACGUCACGCCCACUGGUGGCAGGAAGAGCAACAAACCCAGUUUCCGUACCCCCGAACGGGUGCGAAGGCACAAGAAAGUGGGCAGACGGGACUCGCAGAGCAGCAAUGAGUUCCUCAGCACGUCUGACUCCAAAGAGAACAUCAGUAUUGCCCUGGGCGAGGUGAUGGAAAAAGAAGCUGCGUUGCCUUCGGAGGAGGUCUUGUUGGAUCCGUUUGGAGCCAAGCCUUUUCAUCCACAAGAUGGCAGUCGACACGGCCAGCACCAGAGCUUGGGAGACAACAAAAGUGAGAUAAAUUCGACCAACACUAGGCCGAGAACCAGUUCCUUACAUGGCGUGUCUGACGAAAAUAAGAUAGAUGACUUCGGAGCUGUACCUUUCACAGAACUGGUGGUUGAAAGCGGAGCUCCGCAAACCCCACAAAAGGAUCUCGACCCUUUCGGAGCCGCACCUUUCCCCUCAAAGCAGUGAAUGUCUUGUCUUCCGGCACACAUGCAGAGAUGAUAGACACACACACACAUACACCGCUACAUUAUGCAAAGCCCAAGCAGCCUUUUGAAAUGUCUUUUAACGGACGGCAGCUUUGUUCUGUGAUCUCUGUGUAUGUGCAGCCCAUUGGGACAUAGGCCUUUAAACUAGAUAACAUUCAACUUUUGUAGUUUUUCAAGUAUUUUAAUACCUAACUGGACAGCUAAAUCCUCUUUUCCUUUUGGUGACUUAAGCCUGUGGUUGAUGGAUGCUUUCAGAUUUUGAAGCAUAUUCCUUAGCCUUUACGUGCUAGAAAGCCUUCUAUGCUUCAAUACAAUAAGCGCUCUGCUCAGUAAAAAAAAAAAAAAAGUUAAAAAAGCACAUUGGAGAUGUGUGUGUAAUCCUUCAUUUUAAUAGGAUUAAGAGUAAAAUACCAAUAUAGUACAGCAUUUUGUAGUUUGUACUCCAUUGCUGACCACUGAGUUGGUGCAACUCCUAUCUACCAACAUGAAACACCAAAAAGCCUUAUCUGGGUAUUCCCCACCCUGCUUAACAGUACCUCGAAUGCACAAUAGCUGUUUGUAGCCCGUUUGUGUCAAUGGAAUCAUCUGAGUGUAGGCCUUCUCCAUUUUAAUGUCAUUCGCAUAGAUUUUAUGCAUAUUUUUAUUUUUAAAUGCAUUCAAUGUUUUAAAGCCUUAUGUUUCAAUGUCUACAUACAUGAAAAGGGACUUGAUUUAAUGUUCCCUUUAGUAAACCGACCACACAAGAGAAGUUAAACUUGCAGUUUAUUAGACAAUAUUGUUAUGACUCGCAUAGAAAUAAUUCCCCAACCUGAACUAAACAUCUUUGAUGUUAUCAAUGAUUAGGUGUUCCACUACGUCUGUAUGUAUUUACCAGUAACCUACAAUCAUGAACAAUUGGCUCUUGUGGAAAGGGAAAAGAAUUAACGAAUGUGCUCAAUACAAUUUUGCGUAUUUAUGUAUCAGUCCCUUGUUUGAAGCAAACAUUUAAAUUUUAGUCAUGAAGGUUAUCACAAUUUAACUGAUGAAAAGGCCAUUUAGAAGAUGCAUUUACACUCUGCAGUUUACAAUAUCUGCAGUUUGAACAUUCAAGACCAAAAAAAUGCUUCUUUUUGUUUCAAACGUUGCAAGAUGCGUUCCUUUUUUCUUAUGUAGUACUACGCUCUAACAAUGCAAUAAAAUGUUUUUUUUUUUUUUGGAGAUCAUUAGUCCUUGUUUUGUUUUGUCAGAUAUUGUCAUUAAAAGAACUGUCAUUAAAACUUCAGUUGAAAAGGA